UGCACCAAUACUAAGGUGGCGGUGUUACCGACAAGUUUAGCGAUGAAUUGUCCGUUGCUGGAUACGGUCUCGUUCAAUGGGAGCUCUAUCCACACGGUGCAGUCACAAGCGCUGAUCUAUGGAGACGCGUUCGUGAAUUUGACGGCGCUGCAUACGUUAGACCUGAGGUAUAACGAGCUGCAGUCGAUCCCGAACGAGCUGCUGACGGCGUCUUCGUCGUGGAAGGCCCUGGACUUCUCCCACAACCUCAUCUUGGACGUGCCCUCUGGAAUUCGGAAUGCCGUCGCGGAAGGAUACAUCUCUUUCGACUACAACCAGCUCGUGGAGCUUGAUGAAGGAGCCUUUGCUGGUGCUUCAGGGAUUAAUGAGCUUCGAUUGGCAUCCAACGCCAUUUUCACCAUCAAUUCCAAGGCAUUUUCGGGGAUGUCGGCGCUGAGGAAAUUGAAUUUGAGCGACAACGUUAUCUCAGUUAUUGAUGAGGACGCGUUCGAAGAUAUUGACGGACUCCAGGAGCUGAGGCUAGCCGCCAACAACAUCCAUCGGCUGACGUUGUCCUCGGUUCCAGCCAACCUGGAGGUCUUAGAGCUCCAAGAAAAUCUGCUCGACCUCAUGCCUGACUUCCCGGACCAAUUUCUAGCCUCCGAUCUGGCCUACCUGAAUAUGAGCCGUAACUACCUGUGGUCUAUUUCGACGAAUGAUGCCCUCGCACCUUACACGGGACUCGAGACAUUAGAUCUUAGCAGCAAUCGGAUCGUGAACUUCAGCUCCGCUGUCUUUGAUCCAAUCAUGUCUACGAUCGAGUUCAUGAAUUUCGACUCCAACCUGAUUACAUCUAUCCCCAGUACCAACUUCAUUGCGCUCGUCAAAAAGCUGCUUACGAACAUAACUCUACUGAACAACCCGGGCAUUGGAUGGUCAUCAAACGUGGAUAUGCGCAACGAUUGCCCGAACGGCAGCAUCUUCGAAGAGAUUAACCUGACAUCCUCUUCAGGAUCCGACGUGGCACUUUACGGCUGCAUUCAGUGCGUUGCGGGCACUUUUCACGACAAUUCGACCGGGACAUGUGUGGCAUGCAGCGAAGUGUCGUCUCGUGCGUAUUCAGAGGAAGAUGGCGCCAUAGCGUGUCUGUAUUGCCCCUACUCGUCAGACCUGGAAUCUGACCGCACCAUGUGCAGAGACUUCGAGUGCAACAUGCUCUGCUGGCUCACGCUAUCGAUGGGGAUCGCGAUUCCAGGGAUCAUUUUCAGCAGCAAGUUCCUGCUCUACCUGAUCAUGAAGAGCUCCAAGCGUACGCGCAAGAUGGACAUCAAGGAGCAAGAAGCCAUGAACGACUGGCGGAUGGGCCUAAUGAUGCAUCAACUAGCCGAGCCUACAAGCCCAAGCGAUUCGCUCCUCGAUGAUGAGAUUGACGACGAUGCGUCGGAUCGUGGCGAAUUGCCGUUCCGCAUCUACGACCUCCCGGAAGAAACCAAGGACCUGGUGCUGAGCACCUUGCGCGACUAUUUCCAGAUCCGGAAGGAGAAGCGCUGGCGUGCGCUUCCUCCGGAUGAGCAAGAGGCGACGCGUGAGUGGAACGACGUGGAGUGGGAGACGUUCCACAUGCACCGCAUCCUCAGUCGCAGCUACCACGGCGAGAUCUUCCUGGGUGACUACUGCGGUACGCAAGUCGUCGUCAAGCGGAUGAUGACGCUGCGUUUUGAGGUCAAGGAGCUCGCGGAUACUAUCAAGGACGUGGAACUAUUGGGCGCUUUACACCACCCGAACAUCGUCGCUUGCCUGGGCACGAUGUGGUCGGAUCCUGAACAUUUGUGCGUCAUUUCUGAAUACGUCAAGGGCGGCGAUCUCGCCGCUGUGCUCGAAGUUGACGCACUCGACCGCCCCAACUUCAGCAAUUCCUCGGUGUCCCAAGCAUCCGCUUCAUCUGCGGAUAGCGACUCGACCCCGUCCCAAGCUACAGCUUAUGGAAUGUCGAAGAGGGCGUUGGUGACGCGCUUCCAGAUGGCGUUGGACAUUUGCAAGGCGCUCGCUUACAUGCACAACAAGGGCAUUUCCCACAGCGACCUGCGGAGUCGGAACGUGAUGGUGACCGAGCUGCUCCGCUGCAAGAUUGGCGAUGCUCGUCACCACAGCCGUGACGACAAGCAUCAUGCUACCCACGUCCUCCUAGUUGAUGCCCCCGCGGUGCAAAGUUCCGACUCCGAGGAGGAAGGAGAAGGCGUGCGAUUCCUGCAGCCCGAAAGGAGAAAUUCUCAAGAGCAGGCUGGGCCGAUGAUCCCGUUGGUGGCGCCGGAGGUAUUGCAUCACAACUCACGACACCUCCACGUGGAUAUCUACAGCGUUGGCAUCCUCCUACUGGAACUUUGGUUCCACUCGUACAUUUUCUUCCAGAACGACCGACCAAACGAUGAGUUCGAGGUGCGCAGUCGACCGAAGAAGCUGACGCUGAGUAUGGACAACCACGAGGACGAAUCAAAGAGUGCAGGUGCAAGCAAGGAGGAUUCGUCCCUUCCCAGAACUGCCAGUGCCGUCCAGAAGGGCAAACUACACAACGCUGCGAUGCAUCACUUCAUGAGCAAGCUGCGUAUGCUGGCGAAUAUUGGCGGUACAGAUGCCGAAGCAGACGAGAGCAGCUUCGGCACCACGCCGACGUCUUCUGCCGCCUCGUUGACUGUAUCAUUGUCUUCUUCAAGCGCAAUCGUCGACAAACUAUCAGGUGCAAUUGAAGACUGCCUGCAAAGCGACCCGAAGAAGCGUCCAACAGCCAAGAAGCUGGUGGACCUCUUCCAGUUCUUCUUGGACGAAAUCAGCGCUGCAUAGAGCAGAGCCUCAUAUUUAUUGAUACAGUUGGGACUGGACGAUAUCACUUUGGUGCAAGAUGGCGGAUACCAAAGCACACAGCUGAGCUUCAAGACUGUCGCUGAUUGGGAACGGGCGAUGGAGAACUGAGAUACUUUGCGCAAGACUCAACUGUCGGAUCGAGACUCAAGACUCCAGGGAUCCCGUUGGGUCUUGUCCGUCUCCAUCUCCAUUUUGGCU